AUGAACGCUAAAUGUCUAGGGUUUUUGUUCGUGUUCAUCGGCCCUGCGUAUUCAGAGACUUACAGUGAAGAAUUGUUUAUUAAGCCCUUGGCCACGGGCUACGUGUAUUCGUUCUUUCAGUUCACAGUCAUCCGCGAAGACGACUCUUUCAAGCAUUCCACUCUGUUCCCACACUCGUUGGGAGACAUAAUCGAUAGAUUUCAUGUAGCAGAACUCAAUGUCGACCUUACUUCCGGCCUGUGGAGACACAAGUCCUGGGGUUAUCCGGCCGUCGACGCCCCAUCAGGCGCUGAGAUAUCUGCUCGUUUCCACAACGACACACAAGACGUGGACAAGAACUGGUAUGGCCUGACAAACGCGCUGUCGGGUUUGCUGUGUACGUCGUUGAAUUUUAUCAACAGUGCUAAUAGCUAUGAAUCAUCCUCCGACAGGGUCUAUCGAUAUUCAAAUUUACCGCGAGAAAAUGUCUGCACUGAAAAUUUGACGCCAUGGAAAAAACUUUUGCCUUGUGAUUCUACUCGAGGCCUUUCGAGCCUAUUAAACUCAGGCCGUGUGCACAAUGCCAACUAUCACUCCUUGGGAAUUCAUUUCAGGCCGUUAUGCCUUGCAGGGAAAUGUAAAUAUGAACUCCGCCAAACCGUUUCUCUUGUAUACGAUUCAGUAUUUAUAAGUUUCAAUAACAACUAUGAUUGGUCUCUCCGCAAGAUGUUUGGUACUGGACUGUUCAAGACGUGUCCUUUGGCAGAUUACAGUAAAAUCUAUUUAGAUACAUCAUCAAAUAGUAGUGUUCCUUAUUUGAUUUCACAAGAACCAGAUUAUAUGUUGAAAAACAAUAUUGCUGUUUAUAAUCUAAACGGCAUAUUUCAUUUGUCUGCUAUAGUACCUAGACCAAAAAUAGUUGUGUCUGAAUUACGACCAUUACUGUAUACAGAUAGAUUUAUCACUGGAUUUGGACAAGAAUAUGGAGGGCUAGUUACCCGUAUAUACAAUGAUCAUAAGUCGUCUAUAAUCGCCACUGUCAUUGAGAAUAUCCCAUGGUUCUUACCAAUUUACUAUCAUACACUAAAAGUGACCAGCAAUGGUGUUCGUGUCACACCAAAAGCUUUAAUUUAUAAGCCUGGGAAAGGAAGAGUACGAAUUUACUAUUUAGAAAUAGUUUUAGAGCUUGCACCACGUUCAGUUACAGAAAUAUCUGUUCAGUUUGACUAUGUGUUCUUGAAGUGGCAAGAAUAUCCACCAGAUGCUAAUCACGGCUUUUAUAUUGGCUCGGCUAUAGUGAAAGCUACAAUUCCGAGACAUGCCACUUCUCUAACGUUUGAUAAGUCAUUGAUUGUAGACAAUCUAAAUUCAACUGGAUCCGAUUACUUAAUUUGUUUGAAAACAGAAAAUUUCAUCAUCACACUACCAACGCCUGAUUUUAGUAUGCCUUACAAUGUCAUAUGUUUAGCUUGCACUGUAGUAGCAUUGGCGUUUGGGCCAAUUCACAAUAUUACUACUAAAAGACUGAAAUUGACUACAGCUAAGUAUGUGCCUGGUUUAGCGUCUGUUGCACAGAAAUUGUAUGUUUGGUUGGAAAAUAUAUUUUGGAGUAAAAAGAAAAACAAAACAGGAAAAGCAGCAGUAGUUAAAGUUUUUGUUCCUGAAGAGUUGAGUUACCAUCCAACAUUAGGUCAUGUAUCUGAAGAAUUCAUGAAAGAUAAAGUGGAUUAUAUAGCAUCAUAA